CAUGUGGGCCCAUACUGCCUAAUGCUCUUUCCUCUCUCUCUCUCUCUCUCUCUCUCUCUCUCUCUCUCUCUCUCUCUCUCUUUCCGACACACUCUCUCAUUUCCAUCAACAUUCCCACCUAACCGUUUAUUUUACUCUUCAUCUUCUCCAAAAACUCAAUUUUCCUUCAAAUUCAUCCACCCUUGGCCUGUUCUUCCUCAAUUUCCCAAAAAGAUAGAUUUUUUUUGUUUCUGACUGGUUGUGCUAGUGUUGGGUCGAUGUCAACUGUGUCCAAAGAUGACAACUUGGUGCUGUCUUCGGAGGAUUCUUCUUGCCCAGAAGAGUCUGAGAUCGAAUUGGGUCUUGGGUUGAGCAUCUCAGGCCCUUCUAAGUCUUACCACCAUGUCCACGCUCAUGCUCCUUCUCCUUAUGCUAGGAUUUUCACAGCCAAGGCUUUUCCUUCUUCACCAUCACCAUCACCAUCACCAUCACCUUCCUCUUCUUCCUCUUCCUCUCCCAACAUCACUGCUGGCACCAAGAGAGCUGCUGAAUCUCUUGUUGCAAAUAAUCGUCCCAGUCAAGUAGUUGGAUGGCCUCCACUUCGGACAUAUAGAGUGAAUAGCUACAAUAUCCAUGCAAAAUCAACAGAAGUAUUCAACUCAGUGCCUGAGAAGAGUAAAGGCAACAAUACUGUGGUAAGGAAAAGUGCUGACAAUGGCAAUGGUAACAACAUUAAUGCCAAAGAAAAAAGACAGGUCAGGAGUUCCCUGUUCGUCAAGGUAAAUAUGGAUGGAAUACCUAUUGGGAGGAAGGUUGAUUUGAGCGCUCAUAGUUCCUAUGAAACCUUAGCACAAACGUUGGAGGACAUGUUUAACGAAUCAACCACAGUCACCACUUGCAAAGGAGCAAAUGGUGAGGAUCAUGGAAUUAUUAUUGGAGGAGAAAGGCAUUCAAAAUUGUUGGAUGGAUCUUCCAAGUUUGUGCUCACUUACGAAGACAAGGAAGGAGAUUGGAUGCUUGUUGGGGAUGUUCCUUGGGGGAUGUUCCUUAGCUCGGUGAGGAGGCUAAGAAUAAUGAGGACAUCUGAGGCUAAUGGACUUGCACCAAGAUUCGAAGAAAACAUCAGACAGAAAUGCAAGCCCAUAUAGAUACUGUUUCCAUGGCUAAAGACACGGGGACCUGUCACUUUAAAUGUAACACAAAAUAGAAGAGGAAAAAAGAAAGAGAAAAGUAAAGAGAUACAUACUGCAAGUAUAUUGAGAAUGAUCAAAUCUUGCACUUUUGUUUAAUUAAUUCAGUUUGUUUGUUUGUUUGUUUAAUUUGGUGUCUUUUUCUCUGCCUCAUCAUCACUUGGAGGGUGCUGGCAUCAUAGAUUUUCAUGCAACAUUACUAAUCAUACAAGGCAGACUGCUUCUUAGUGUUGUAAAUGUGGAAUGUUUUCUAACUUUCUCAGCUA